GUCAUAUUUCAAAAUAAACAAACGUCUAAACAGGCGUAAGUGUCAGCUCGUAGGUCCAAUAUAUAAGAGAAAAGAACGUUAGGAAGAAGCAUCAUGUCUACUCAAACGUGGAUACCUCCACUGCCACCUGGUUUCGAAGCUCGUUGGGAUGCGAAUCAAAAAGCAUACUUUUUUAUCAACCACUCUGAUAAAUCUACCACCUGGCAUGAUCCACGUCCACAAUAUUAUGCCAACCAACCAAAGGACCAUCCUCCACCAAAUCCAAAGCAUUCGGCUGCAGGUCAACCAGUAUUUGGUUUCCGAGGUUCUGGUAUUGGCCCUAAGAAGGAGCAGACGUUCCUUGAUCAUCAGGAUGUCAAAUUUAUCAACCUUAAAGAAAUGUUUCCAGAUGUGGCAGAUGACACUCUCAGAGUCGUACUGAAGAUGAAAGAUAAUAAUGUUCAGGAAGCAAGAGCACAUCUGGCUAAAAGUGGACAUAGGCCCAUAAGAGAAACUGACCAUUCAUCUGCUGGACAACUUCAAAUGGAUAAUAUUGUAAAGAAGUUACAAAAGGUUUACCCACUUGCCCGUUUUGACAUUAUAAGGGAUAUAGUUGCUGGGUGUAACAAUAAUGAAUUAACAGCCAGGAGCCAGUUAGAGAGUAUGGGAUAUAAACCUGUAGGUUCCCAUACAACAUCUGUCUCAGUAGCCCAUAAACCUAAACCUAAGUCUAGAUCACCAUCACCAACACCACCUAAAGUAUCAGACGCUGACAAAAGACGAGGUAUGAUAUAA